AUGGGUGAGUAUGAUGAUGAACCUGGAAGUGAUAAUGUAAAAAUGGUCAAGCAAGAAAAUCUAUAUGGAGAGAACCGCAAGAUUUAUGUUCCUUUCAGUCAGUCACUUUACAUUCUUGGGCAAUUAUAUUAUGUUCCUACUUCUGAAUCUGAUUUCUCAGUUGAAGUCAUUGAGAACAGUGGCUUCAAGUGA